UACUAACUAGUUUCAGGUGUAUAGCAUAGUGGUUCGACAUUUAUAUCACUUAACAAAGAUAAGAGGUCGUUCUGAUGUAUUAAUUUCAGGGAAGAAAAGUUGUUUCUCAAUGGUCACUCUUUCGGUAUUCGAAAGUAGUAGUAAGGUAAAAAAUUUUUAAAUGCAAAGGAAAAAUAACCGGACUAUUGAAAAAUCCUAUACAAUGCUAUCAAAGGAAUAAGACAAGUAUAAUAAGUAUUUCAAUGUCGCCCUGCUGUUAUUGCCUGUUUCUACACAUACAUAUAUCAGAAUGAACAGAAAGAGAAGGUAGACUUGAAAUGAGUCACAACUUUUGAUUUCGGUUUCAACUUUUACAUGCAACCCUUGUUCGCACAUCAUAUGAAACCGCUCGCAUUUUUGGCUCAGCAUUUUACAAUCAAACGCAUGCCACCCAAGGGAAACCUGUGCGUGGCAAUAUCUAAAAUGCAAAGUGACUGCAAGGUAGAUCGAUAUAAUCCGCAACUUAAAGAGGUCAAGAUAGACCGGAAUCAAUGCCAAGCGGGUGACCACGAUCCCUUGGAGUUGGAACCAGGGAACCAGGGGAGGGUGGGGGACUUGGCCUCGGGGCCUGCCUGCACGCAGGGCCCGGCCCCGUGCAGGCGACGGGCGCCCCCUGGCGACUCACGCUGUGCUUUGUCUCCGCCAGGCACCUACCAGGGCCAGUGGGCCGGCGGCAUGCGGCACGGCUACGGCGUGCGCCAGAGCGUGCCCUACGGCAUGGCCGCGGUGAUCCGCUCGCCCCUGCGCACCUCGCUGGCCUCGCUGCGCAGCGAGCAGAGCAACGGCAGCGUGCUGCACGACGCGGCGGCCGCCGCCGACAGCCCGGCCGGCACCCGCGGCGGCUUCGUGCUCAACGUCCAAGCCGACGCGGAGCUGGCCGGCAAGAAGAAGGGCGGCCUCUUCCGCCGGGGCUCCCUCCUCGGAAGCAUGAAGAUCCGCAAGUCCGAGUCCAGGUCUUCCAUCUCCAGCAAGCGCAGCUCGGUGCGCAGCGACGCGGCCAUGAGCAGGAUCAGCUCCAGCGACGCCAACUCCACCCUCAGCUUCGGCGACGUGGACUGCGACUUCUGCCCCGUGGAGGACCACGUGGACGCCACCACCACGGAGACCUACAUGGGCGAGUGGAAGAAUGACAAGCGCAACGGCUUCGGCGUCAGCGAGCGCUCCAACGGCAUGAAGUACGAAGGCGAGUGGGCGAGCAACAAGCGGCACGGGUACGGCUGCACCGUGUUCCCCGACGGCUCCAAGGAAGAGGGAAAGUACAAAAAUAACGUUCUGGUCCGCGGGAUCAGGAAGCAGCUCAUACCGAUAAGAAACACAAAAACUCGGGAGAAGGUGGACCGAGCCAUCGAGAGCGCGCAGAGGGCGGCUGCCAUGGCGAGAACCAAAGUGGAGAUAGCCAACUCCAGGACCGCGCACGCCAGAGCGAAAGCUGACGCCGCGGACCAGGCUGCACUGGCUGCCCGCCAGGAGAGCGACAUCGCGAGAGCCGUGGCCAGGGAGCUGUCCCCGGACUUCUACCAACCAGGCCCAGAUUAUAUCAAACAGAGAUUUCAGGAAGGGGUCGAUGCUAAAGAAAAUCCAGAAGAAAAGGUACCAGAGAAGCCUCCUUCUCCAAGAGAAUCUCCCCAUUUUUAUCGCAAAGGCACGACACCCCCACAGUCUCCCGAGGCGAGUCCCAAACAAAGCCACUCUCCCGAGCUCUCCCCAAAGCCCGUGAGGAAGCAGAACCCCGGGGCCAGACUCAACCGAGACAAAAGGAGUGUGGCUGAUGAGCAGGUGACAGCCGUCGUCAACAAGCCCUUGAUGUCAAAAGCCCCCUCGAAGGAGGCGGGAGCACCCCCGUCCAAGUACUCUGGCCGCCACUACGUCCCCAACCCUGGUAACGGGGAGCUGCACUCGCAGUACCACGGCUACUACGUGAAACUGAACGCCCCCAAGCAGCCUACAGAAGACAGAGAGGAAGACGAAGGCGCCAGCCACUCCUCCUCAGCACUGGUGCACAAGCCAUCGCCCAACAAGUGGAGCGCCCCAAAAUCUGUGACAAAAUCAGUUGCCAAAGAAAGCAAAGCUGAGCCAAAAGCUAAGAAGUCCGAACUUGCUAUACCAAAGAAUCCAGCAAGCCAAGAUUCAUACCCUUCUUUGGAAAAAGAAGCCAAUUCAGGCCCUAAUUCAGUCAUGAUUGUCCUUGUCAUGCUGCUGAAUAUCGGGUUGGCCAUCCUUUUUGUUCACUUUCUAACUUGAUUGGAAUUAGGAAAGCCCCAUCCGGCGAAGUUCUUGGCAUUGGUUACUCCAUCUGUCCUAGCAGAGUGUGACUAAACUGGAAAUGUAUGGAACUGCAUUUUUUUUUUUUUUUUUUUUUUUUUUUUGAUGGAAGUCAACAGCUGCCUUACUAUUUUACCAUCUGACGUUUUUAGUAGGGAGCUGGGGAAACAAACGAUGGCCUGAGGAAUGCGGUCGGAGGAAUGUGUUGCUGCGGCCCGUGCUUCCAGCAUUCGCUCCUGUCUCAUUAGAAGAAAUAGGUGCGGCCUCACUCACUCACCAGUCUUAUGCCAUGACCUGCUGCUUGACCAUCUCCCGGAAUGUCCUGGGAGGGAACCUUUUGUUGGCUUCUGCACGACUGUGUUCCUUUUUUGCUGUUUUCUUGAAAUGCGAUGUAUAGUCACCUACGACGAGCGUUCCUGGCCGGAUGUAAUACACGUGUCGCGUCUCAAGGAAAAGAAACAACGAAAUUCUAGAGAACAAUGUGUUGAUUUUUGAGAGCAAUACAUCAUUUUUCAUGUCGUUGAGUCUUCCGAAACCUUUUGUAAGAGGCUGUUUAUCUUUAACAUUGAGCAACUUGAAAGCAUUAUACCUUCCUAAGAAAUCAUUUCAUGUUAAAUAUUUUUAACGCUGAGAUGAAUUAUUUAUGCACUUAGGAGGUGCUAAAUUUGAAAAAGCUGAAAGACAACCGAAUUCUAUGAAGUAGAGUCAAAAUGUUGCAUGGAUUGCAGUAAUCGGUGUCCGAAGGAUUCAGUUUCAUUGCUGACGUACUUUACAACCAAAUAAAAUCUUGUCAGUGGCUAUGUUAAUUCCCAUGAAAGUUAAGCAAGAUGCUAUUAAUAACUGCUCUUCUCUUUCUUUUUUUUUUUUUCCAACUGAAAAAUUUUCAUUGAAUACAUUCAGGUAGAGCUUUGUGAAAUGACUGCUUUGUGUUUUUUCAAAGUCCUUUUGUAAUUUUAUUUCACAUUUUAAAGGCUUAGACAUUUUUGUUUAAAUACUUGUCUUUUGCAGUCCUUUGUUAUUCUGACAUACUCUUUUUUUUUUUUGCUGUUUUAUAAUGUAUCCUUUAUUACUCAGAAGCAUGCUUACUUCGAGAAACUACAUGGUCUUUCUAAAAGUAAUUAUUUCAAAAAAAAAAAAUCAGGGGAGGAAAGGUUUCUGUUAAAUCUCUAUGAAACAUUGCAUUGCGGAGAGGGAGCUAUUCCUAAAUACUUUAUGACCUGCACGGUUCAAUCAGAUUCUUUUUACCUUACUUGCCUUUUCACUGCAGAAGAGAUCGUCAGGUGUUAGCACAGGUGUGGGCUGAGUCGGAGCCCGGUGGCAUUUUCUGCAGAAGUGCAAUACGUUAAGACUCCUGGGUGUGACCAAUGUGGAACAGAAGAAAGCAGAAAGAGAGCAAAUGAAAGUUACAACUUGUAUAUUUAUUUAUUUUUUACAUUUUGCUUUGACUUUUAAAUUUAGGAAGUACGUUUUUACCCAAGAAACGUUGAAGUUCCUGUGUCAGUCUCAAUACUCUCACUUCUCCAUCCUGACCCCGUAGCUCUUGACGCUGGAAAGCUGAUUUCUUUUUUUUUAAUAUUUAAUCUUAUUCAGUGUUUAUUUAAAAUGUGUAAUGCUUUGAAAUAAUGGGUAACAGAUAACUAAAGGAUAUGUUUAUACAGUGAGCAUGUUGGUUACAUUUAUAAAUAUAUGUAUGAUUUAUAAGCUUUUUUAAAACAAAGCUCAAAUUGUUGGUAUUUUUCUAAAAUGUGCACAGCUGUAUUUUACAUGAAAGGCUCUUUCUAAUGGGUUGUUAUACUGUACUCUACAUUUUGGACAGCACAUGAGGUCUGCCAAUGUACUUAAUAAAACAUGACUUUAUUUAAAGUUUCUUGCUGUGAAAAAGAACUCCCUACCCGUGAGUUCCUUUAUUUAUAAUCCUUGAAACCAAAAUGUAUAAUGUACAGUUUUCACAACUGUAUCUGCUCUAAUAAUAAAAAGAAGUUGGUUAUUUAAAAA